UUCUUUUCUUUUCAGAUCAAUUGAAGUAGGCGAGUUUAUGAAAUACAGUAGAAAUGCUAUAGUUACAAAUACAAAAAAGAUAUAAAUUAUAAAUAAUUAGUGAAAGUGAUUUGAAAGACAGUAGAUUAAUAGAGAGAGAGAGAAAGAAAAAAAAAGAAAGAAAGAAAAAGAAAGAAAGAAAAAAAUGUUGUCUAUUGAUGUAUCGGAAGAGAGUGAUGGAAGUGACUCAAGUUAUGAAAGCGACCUGAUUGAUUUGCAUGCAUUCGGAAAAAUAACGCAAUGGAAAUUUCCGAAUGUAACUUAUUGUCCCAUGAGCAGAUGCCGUUUAUUGUUCGGUGUGCGUUCCGACGCAAUUCUUCACUACAAAAAGCGUCACACCAACCAUUCAGUUUAUUGUCACAUAUGCGACAAACCAAUUUCUACCUAUAGUAAAAGAGAUUUUAAAAAGCAUUACCAGCGACUUCAUCCAAAGGAACAAUGUCCGUAUGAUUCCCUUCAACCGGGCAAAACAUCAAAAUUGAAGGAAACAACCGAUUUGAAUACCAACGAAAUUGUAGAAGAAGAUAUACCCGAAGAGAUAAGCACUGACCAAAUAGAUGAUAUGGCAAACGAUGCAAACGAUGAGACGAGCAAAGUUGAUGGUUCGAAGAAGUUUCUGUGUCCUUUGAAAAUGUGUAAUUAUGCAUCGGAUCAAUCGGUUCAAAUACAACAGCAUUGGAGCCAAGAACAUUAUUAUUUACGAUUCCCAGAAAUUCGAAGCGGCAUCGAAAUUACUGACGAAACUACAUUGCCGAAUACAAACGAAGAAGUUCAAAGGCAGUUUGAUUCAGAUGAUAGUUUACUGGUGCCACUGCACGCUUGCGAAGAAUCGACAACUGGACAAUCGGUUUUUAAAUGCCACGAAUGCAAGCGCGUGUUCCGCAGUGGUGCUGGUUUGAAAAAGCACGAAAUGGUGAAGCAUAAUAUACAUUCAACCCGGUCGGCGAAAAAAAACCCAAAGCGUAAGCACCAAAGCGAAGAUCCCAUCAAAUUUGACACAGGCGUAUCACGUGAGAAUCAGAUUAAAAAAGAACAGAUGUCAGAGCCAGAGCACUCAGACGCAGAUGACGAAAAUAUGACGCUUGCCGAAUUAAUGAAAAAUAAUGCUCACCUGACAAAAUGCCGCAUUAUUUUAGAGAAAGUGGAACCCACCGAUCUUCAAGUGAAUCCAAUCGAAAUGCUAGAUGAAGAUCAGCCUCAAGCCAUGGAACAAGAAGAUACUUUGGAUAUGCAACCAUUGGAUUUAACGCUUCCGAAGCGAAAGGAAUCUUAUGCUGAGCCAAUGAAUAUCGUCCACCUAUCUGAUACCGAUGAUGAAACGGUUAUACUUUCUGAUGACACCGACAAUGAAGACGAAAAUCAAAAUCUCAACAUGGGACACAUCAUCGAGGAUUCCACCUAUGAAGUCUCAAGUGAUACCGAAUGAAUCGAGAAGCCAAACAAAGCCCUUGCGACAAAGAAACAUUUAGACAAUUUUUGAUAUAAAUGACACGCAUUUUUUCAUUUUAAAAGCGAUUUUGAUCCCAAAUAUUAUUACUAGAUCAUUCCAUGUAUAACUUGAUUGCGAUGAUUGCAUAAUAAAUCAUAUUCGUAUUAUUUGAGUUUAAAUCUUGUCAUGAUA